AUGCUGACGAUAUUGUUACUGUUUCCGUCUGUCUGGUGUGAGGGUUACUGGUCUCCAGCCUCUGAGGAGGGCUUGGACGGGAGGCUGCUUCAAAUCCACGUCGUGUACAGUCACGGUCACAUGGCGCCACAAGCGUUCUACCCUGAAGAUCCGCACGCGUCUUCGGCCAUUUGGAGCAACGGCCCGCUGGAGCUGACUGUACUCGGUAAGAAACAGGGGUUUCGUCUGGGACAAGCGCUGCGAUCCAGAUACGGGACUCUCCUGCCGAAAGCGCGCGCCUGGAAAGCUGUCAAAGCGAUAUCUUCCGACACCACUAGGACUUUGAUGACCAGCGCGGCGCUACUGGCUGGGCUGAUACCACCCUCCGCGGACGACAUAUGGUCCAAUAUCGCUUGGCCGCCAUCCGCGGUGCAUUCGUCGCCGGCUGAGUACGACAGAAUUCUGGCGCCGCGCAUCCAAUGCUCGCUAUACGAGCAUGUUCUAAAACGAACGCCGAGCAGAGACGACGAUGAAACGCGAAUGCUCUACCGCCUACUGACGAAGUAUACCGGGGAGCUGAUUGCGUCGCCGAUGGAUCUGCUGUACCUAUACACGUGUUUGGAAAUCGAAAAGCAAGCCGGUCUCAGAAUUCCAAAAUGGACGAGGAGGAUUUAUGGAACAAUGAAACGGCACGUGGUAAGCUCCUUGCGGCAUUCCACGGAAAGCCUCGAGCUGAAAAGGCUACGGUCGGGACCGUUGAUAAGCGUUCUCACUGGCUAUAAGAACGAUUCGUAUAACAUUCACCUUUAUUGCACACACGAUACGGUUGUGAGUGCUUUGAUGGACUCCCUCGGCUUCGAGCUAUCCGCUCCGCCCGGUUUCACCUCUGCGUUCAUAGUCGAGUAUCGAGAGUUGGCUGGAGAGGUCUUUACUCAGAUCUGGUACAGACAAGGUGCUGAAAGUGAAUUGAGUCGAUUACAACUACCUGGCUGUGAUGUUCGCUGCCCUUUGAACGAGCUAAGAAGAGUGGUGCAGCCCUUAAUCCCUAGGGAUUGGACUGAAGAAUGUUCCGUGAGGAAACAAGAAAGGGAUCAGGUUCAUGAAUCUAUCGCCCUACACAGAAAACAAACGCAAAAUAAAGAAAAUGAAAAUUACUUCGACGCUCGCCUUGGUGAUUGGAUCGUCGGACUAGCC